CCUACAUGUGUCCACGAUCAAAAUCUCACGUUGCUGGGAAACGCUGAAAAAAUAAGCACAAAAUAAUGGCAUAAAUGUUGACCACAACAGGUUUAGCCAUCAUAAACCAAAUUUGUUAAGCAGUUUAGUUCGCUUUCCGGAGGCACUGUAAAUUGGCUCCUCUCAAUCCCGCAGAUUGUGUGGAAGGAAGAACUCGUGUGCGCAACAGGGAGAGACUGCGCGCCGUGAACAGACGGGUUCAUACUGUGUGUGUGUGCGCGAGAACUGAAGGAGAUCAGCAGAGCGUUGAAGAACAAUGAUACCGUGCCUGUGAGAAUCGGAUAAAUACACAGGGCUGUUGUAAAACUCCGACCGUCGUGAUCACGGGAGACUACGCAUGUAAGAUUCGUUACAUGUCAUUGUCAUUUCAAGUCAGUGCAUACAGUAAGAAGACCAGCCGCAUAGCCGCUUUCAUAAUGCUGGCGUGAGAAACCUACGGCGGGGUACUUAAAGUGCAACGGAGAGCCAGUGAACGGUUCCACUGUAAGGCUCCAGCAUGUCGAACCGAAAGCACCGGGACAACCAGGAGAUAUGCGCCCGCAAGGUCCGGGAGCUCGCGCAGACUGGAGUGAACAAGCACUGCUUCGAGUGCAAUCAACCCGGGGUGACUUACAUCGAUAUCACCGUGGGCUGCUUCGUAUGCACAUCAUGCUCUGGAAUGCUGAGAGGGCUCAACCCACCCCACAGAGUUAAGUCUAUUUCCAUGACAACCUUCUCCCAACAGGAAGUGGAGUUUUUGCAAAACCAUGGCAAUGAGAUUGGAAGGAGGACUUGGCUCUGCAUGUUUGACCCAAAAGCAGAUGGCUGUUUUGAUGCACGUGACAUGCAGAAACUGAAAGAGUUCCUCCAGGACAAGUAUGAGAGAAAGAAAUGGCAUUUCUCUAAAAACAAGAUUCGCAGGGAUGCAGAGACGCCAUGGGGCCCAGGGGUUCAGGCUGUUCCAGCUCCACACGGGCCCGCUCUGAGUCAGCCUCCGCCUGGACUCCACACCAAUUCCACUGCUCGGCCCACUCGUACACUGUCCCAGUCUCAGUUAUCAAUAUGGGACAGAGCUUCUGGUGUGUCUCCAGCAGAUAGCCGUCCAGAGGUGUUCACUGCCAGACCAACUCGCUCACAGAGCUUCAGAGACCAUCCCAUUAAAGACACAUUGUUAAGUGGUGUGGAGAGACAGAGGCCAGGGACAAUUUCUUCAGGAAUAGGACCUCAGAGUCAUCUCUCCUCCUUCCCUGCCCUUCCACGUCCUUCAGCAAGUAGCACUUUCAAAAACAGCUUUACUCUUGGUCGCACUCUGUCAACGGGGGGUGGAGCUCCAUUUAGACCCUUCCCUAAAUCGCUGAGUUUGGAUUUUGGUGGUCUAAGCCAUGGCCACAACACUCUAAGUUCAGCUGCUCCACCCUCUGUCACUCAGGAUAAGUAUGCAGCCUUGUCACAGCUUGACAAAGUGUUCUUGGACAACACACCUGUCACAGCCAUUUCAAUGACUCCCUCUGAUGGACCUCCUCAGUAUAGCACCCUCUUUGGUAACCGAUUGUCCUCAAGUUCCUCCCCUGCAAGCUCCCCAGGUGUUCCAGAGGCCACCUCUGGAUCGCAAACUUUUGCAAAUUUCCAAAACCCCUUCAAUUCUACAGCCAGUUGUGCCCAGCCUGUUCUGUCUCCCAGUAACCCCUUCAAAAGCACAGCCACAGAUGAUGCCCCCUCCUCAGCAGUCUGUCCUCAGUCUGUCUCUUUUCCUGCACCAACCACCCAAAGUGCUUUUUCACACCAUCAGUCUAGUUACCAGGAAGCGAAUGGUUUCAAUUCAUUUCCUGCCCCUGAGUCCAUCCCGAAAGUCCCACGACCAAUGUCUGUCAACCCUUUUACUGGGAAUGUUUACCCUAGCAGAGGAGCAUCACUGAAUCCUUUCAUCUGAUCCUGAACCACCUUGACCACAGAGAAAGAAAAAAGAGAGAGAGAGAGCUUAUUUUGCCAUGCCUACAGAAAAUGACCUCCUCUGGUUGAUCCCUGCCUUGAGUGUGUGUGUGAAUGUGUGAUCAUGUAUGUUAAAAUGUGUGGGUGUUUGUUAGCAUACAUUGUACAUGAUACUAUUUGUACAUGUUUUGUUAUGUGAGUGAAUGUGUGUGUUUGUAUGUGCCCUUUUGUACCAGAUGCUAGAUGCCAAGCUGUGUGAGUUUGUGUGUGUAAACGUGUCUGUGGGUUUUGCCAAAUAUCAGAAGAAUUUUUUCUGAUUGCAGGAGAACCUCUGGUGAAAAUGUGCUUAUGAGAGCAAUUAAGCAUAACACACACACACACACACACACACACACACACACACACACACACACACACACACUGCUGCUUCGACCUUGUGCUACUGCCAUACAGUAGAACAUCUAGUGCCAACAUCCCCCUAGCCUGAGUGUUUACUUAUUUUAGUGAAGGUUCAAACAAUGAGGUUGACACAUUACAGUAAAACAGUAGCAAUUUAAGCUUCACAUCAUCUCACUAAUGCAUUUUGUUCUCAGUGCUGAUUUGGUUUAAAUGAUGCAGAUGCAUGUUAAUAAGAUGGCAUAAAUGGCACAGGCUUUCCCUCACCUGUCUAUGUAUGUAUGCGGCGCUUGUUUCUAUUUAUUUUGACGUUGACGGUUUUUUUUAAACGUUUACAGUGUAUUUGUGUGUGCAUUGUUGGACUGCAUGCGCUUCAUAAGCAGAGCAGAAAGCUGCUGAAUGUAAUGCAUUGUUUCAGUGAUAAAUGAGGGGAAAAAAAGCUUCUUUUUAAAGUGUAUGGACCAAAAAUUGUCUAAUAUUGUCAAGUUUUCUGUACAACAAAGAAAUUGUUUCAUUUGUUAAAAAAAAAAAAAAAGGUUCAUAUAGAAUGUCUUUGUAUUGAGAUGUAUCCAUAUGCAUAAAGCUAUCCAUAACUGUUGUGCCAAUGUGUAUCUGAUUGUCUGUGUGCUGCGAAUCAAACUGAAUUUGCUGCUUUUGCAUUUUCAUGCAAUAUCUUUUUACAACAGCAUCAUUUAUAUUUUUCUGUAAAGAUCAUAAUCGCAUUAUGAAUGUAUUUGCACUCUAUGAACAUUAGGGCUUUGAACUAAAAUUAAAAUGAAAAGUAUAAAUUUCA